AUGCCCGGCAUACCUUCCAAGCCUAACAAUAUACCUUUGGCAUCAUCACUGCCAAAAGUCAGCUUCCGCAAAGUACCACCAGAUGAAGCUUUGCUCUUCUCCAUUCCACCCGGCAUCGUUGACCCCCAUGCCCUUCCAUUCGGCUACCACGACGGCUCAGAGUUCGACAAGCCCGACCACUACAUUCGCUACCUCGAGCCUAUCGAGGGCGAGCUCAAGAAGCAAGUCGAAUAUGACAUGGACGAGCAGGAUCAGGAGUGGCUUGAUGCGCUCAACUACGACCGCCGCAAAGAGGGCCUCGAUACCAUCUCUUACGAGAUCUUUGAAAUCAUCUUUGAUCAGCUUGAGAAGGAAUGGUUCGGCCUCAUGAAACGUGUUCCGCCCAAAGCACGCCAUAGUGCAGGUGCAGAUGCUGCUGGUGCAGAUGACCAAGACGCCGACUCGGAAGAUGGCGAGGAUAGCAAGUGUGCCAUCUGCGACGAUGGCGAGUGCGAGAAUUCCAACGCUAUUGUCUUCUGCGACGGCUGCAACCUCGCCGUCCAUCAGGAUUGCUAUGGGAUCCCAUACAUCCCCGAAGGUCAAUGGCUCUGUCGUAAAUGCACUGUCUCGCCUGACCGUGCCGUCUCUUGCAUCCUCUGCCCGCACGAAGGAGGAGCUUUCAAACAGACCACCACAGGCAAGUGGGCACAUCUGCUCUGUGCCAUGUGGAUUCCAGAAACAGGCGUCAGUAACCCGGUCUACAUGGAGCCAAUCGACAGCAUCGAACGCAUCCCAAAAGCGAGAUGGAAGCUGCAGUGUUACCUUUGCAGAUACAGGAUGGGCGCUUGCAUCCAGUGCGACAAUCGUUCUUGUUUCACUGCCUUUCACGUCACCUGUGCUCGCCAAGCAGGUCUUCUGUUUCGAACAGUACGCACGCGAAUGGCGCAUCACCUCUACGAGGAUUUGGACAACAGCGAUGAUGAAGGCGCCGAAGUACUCCGUGCAUGCUGCCAUCGUCAUAUGCCCGCCGACAUGCGCGAUCAGUUCAAGAUCGACUUCAGCAGGCCCGGUGCCCUCGACGACGACCGAUCCGAGACCCACUAUCGCGCAUCUCCCUUCGCACGCACGAGAGAGCACUCGGUCGAGUCCGGCUUUGGUGCACCUUUGAUCUCGGUUAGUCGUCGUAGCUCCAUUGUCGGUGCUCCCGAGGGUGCUGCUGCAUCCAACAAUGAUGCAAGAAGCUCGUCCAAAUCGGCUCGCGCGUACAAGAAAAGCUUCAAGCCUGGUCCGCCUCUGGUACCCGCAUACAUCGCCAAUCGCGUGCUCGAGUACAUCACCAAGAUCCAUCUUCGCAAGAAGACAACGGCAGUCCAGCUCAUUGCGAGGUAUUGGUCUCUCAAGCGAGAAGCACGUCGAGGCGCUCCUCUGCUCAAGCGUCUGCAUCUCGAGCCUUGGACCGCCUCUUCAUCCAACAAAGAGCAGACCGAGGCACAAAAGGCCAAAAAGCUCCACUUUCUCCGCAGCAUUCGUGGAGAUCUGGAACGAGUCCGUAUGCUCGUCGAGCAAGUCCGCAAGCGCGAGAAGGAGAAGUUGCGACAAGCGCAAGAGAUCCGCAACUCGCUCGUAGAGCCUGUCUUCUUCCCAUUCCAUGCAGACUUGCGAGCGGCUAUCUCCAAGUUUGAAGCCGUCGAUCGAUACGGCUUCUUUGCACAACCGGUCUCCAAAGUCGAUGUGCCGGAUUACUAUGACAUCGUCAAAGAGCCGAUGGAUUGGAGUGCAAUCAAGGACAAGAUUGCCAAUAAGGUCUACGACUCAGUUGAGGAGAUGCGACAGGAUGUGCUCAAGAUUGCUACCAACGCCAUGACAUACAACAAGGCAGAUACCCCUUAUCAUAAGGCCGCCACCAAGGUUCUCAAGAUGAUACCCGACCUCUUCAAGCACUUGGCCGCAAUCGAGUCGUCCCACCUUCACGUACAGCAGGACAAAGUGCAAAGACAGUCGAAGGAAGCACAGCAGCAAGAUGAGGACGCAGAUGGCGAGACGCAAGUGCAGACAAGUUCGGUAGUGUUGAGCGGUGAAACACCACGACUGCUGCUCGAGUUGGGACUUGAGCCUCCAUCGGAUCUGAUCUCUUUAUUGCAGAAUUACAGCAAGAUGGAGGAUGAGGAACAGCUGGACAUACGACAGCAAGCGUACGAUCCAUAUCCCUUGCCGCCGUCUGUUCAUCUCAAAGGGGAGGAAGAUGGGCAGGCGGUAGGAGAAGGAGCAGAAGAGAGGGCUGCUCAGCCGGCCAGCAGUCGCAAGAGGCUAGCCAUGCCGGUGGUCAACUUGAUGGAAGACUUUGUGCAACAGAUCUAUGUUCCACCGCCGCCGCCAGCUUCCACACCUGCUUCGCCACCAGGAAAGGCGAAGGAGCAAGCUUCAAAUGCAGCAGGCGUGGCAGGAUCACCACAGAAGGCGCAAAAGACAGCACGCAAACGCAAGACGUUGGAUGCACCACCACAUGAACCGGCAGAAAGAAGGAGCAUACGUCGAUCUGCAGCGGCAGAUGCUUUGCCUGAACCCAAAGCUUCGACUGCGACAGUUGAGCCAGUCGCUGCUACACCAGUACGCAUUACUCGACGUGCGCAAAGUCAUGUCUCCACCAUAUCUACCGCAUCUGGACCCACAGCUGAAGCGGACGGGACUGAUGCAAAGUCAGGUGCAAAGCCGCCACAGUCGACAGCAAUGUCCAAAUCGCUUUCGACACCAGCAGCCGCCAAGCCAAAAGAUGGAGUGCAGCUCAAGGAAGAUGUUGGCGCACAUGAUUCUUUCCUUCUCUUCAAUACCGGUUGGGUUCUUCCGCCAGGCUCCAAGCGUCAUCGCAAUGCGGCUGCGAGACCAGAGAUGAUCGGACAACGACCACGCAAGGUCUCUGCUCCCGAGUCGCCUGGCCCUUCUGCCGUAGCAGCAGCAGCAGCAACAGCAAGCCUGGCGGUAGAACAGCAAGCGACGCCUUCGACACCACAGCAACGACCAAGAUCUCGUACUGUGCCCUCGUCCAAUUCGCGUCCGAGAUCGACGUCGUCCAUGAAGGGGAAGCAGCCGCAGAGCAGUGCACGCAAAGCGUCACGGGUGACGAGGCAGGUGAAGGAUGAAGGUCAAGAAGGUGGAGAGGGUGGAGAGACUACGGGUAGCUCUCCGUUGACGUCGGAUGACGAAGGUGACAAGCCUGUGAAGGCUGAAGCAGACGCAGAAGAAGCGGAGGGAAUAAACGGCAAUGGCAAUGGAAGAGAGCCAAGGUCGUCGAAACGGGCACGAGAGCGUGAAGCGAGCCAAGGAUCCGAAAGCAAAUCAGAAGCAGAAGCUCGGGACACGCCCUCUGCUCUUCUCCGACGCAGCGCUCGUGUGCGCACAGCGUCGGCUGAGCCACCGACUUGGCCGUCGAAUGCCAAGCGUCCACGUCUCAACCCAUCGCCAUCAUCCUCAUCUUCUAUCGGCCAUGAAGCGGACUUUGGCUCAAGUCCUCCAGCCAAUGGCACCAAAGUAUGGGCCAAAGUCGACACGUUCCCUUACUUCCCCGCCGUAGCUUACACCGACGAAAAGCUCAUCCCGGGAGACAUUCUCCGCAAACGUCCCGACAUGGAAGACGUCGUAGCAGUCGAAUUCUACGGUAGGCCCAAAACUUGGGGUUGGGUCGCUCGUACCAAACUCGCACACCUCUUCGCCGAUGAGUCGAUCGAUGAGAAAUACCUCAGACUAGCAGCAAAGAAAGGUCGGACGAAACAAGUGAAAGAAGCGUACGAAGAUGCAUUAUCCCGCACCUAA